AACCAGAAGAACUUACCAUUUUUGUUAAUUUUUUCAGAUUCUUCUCCAAGUCUCCAUGUUUUCUCCAUUCUAAUUUGCAUUUGAACUAACCAAGAAGAUGGAUUCGUCUAAGAAAGUUCUAUUUCCAGACCAGAUUCUGUCUUCUAGAAGAAACAUCUUAACCAGAUUCGGUUUAGGAAUCGCUGCUUCUUUCCUUCUCCUUACACUUCUCUCCUUUACUAGUUCCUCCUUCAAUGUCCCUUUCGUCUCUCCUCUGCUUCAAGGUCUCAAAAGCUCCAAUCUUAACACUUCUUCUUCUGUUAAGCAAGUUGACGAGAAGCCUGAAGUAGUGAAUCUCACCGACAAGGUCCCAGAUGUCAAAGUUCCAAGCUUUGAUGCCGAACAAAGAUCUGGAACAACAGGAGACGCUGGUUCGAAGAACACAACUUUGCCGGAAGAGGGUAAAGUUUCAAACUUUGGUUCUGGACCAAGAUCCGGAGAAACAGUUAAGAACUCGAAUUUUGCUGAAGAUGGUAAAGUCUCAGUUGCAGAUGACAAAAAUACCCUCGAAGUAAAUGCUACAACAAGUGUGGGGAAUAGCUCGAGCUUGGUGUCUGAUUUGGGAGGUAGAUUUGUGCCUGCAAACUCAAGUAAAGAGAAUGGCUUUGUGGUUACAGAUCGAAGCAGAGGUUCGUAUGAGGAUUGUGAUAUAUACGAUGGAAGUUGGGUUAGAGCUGAUGAUGAGACAAUGCCGUAUUACCCACCUGGUUCGUGUCCGUAUAUAGACAGAGAUUUCAACUGUCACGCUAAUAAAAGACCUGAUGAUGCUUAUGUUAAAUGGAGAUGGCAACCAAAUGGGUGUGACAUUCCCAGGUUGAAUGGAACUGAUUUUCUGGAGAAACUAAGAGGGAAGAAGCUGGUUUUCGUCGGGGAUUCGAUUAACAGGAACAUGUGGGAGUCUCUUGUUUGCAUUCUUAGACAUAGUCUCAAGGACAAGAAACGAGUGUACGAGAUUUCAGGGAGAAGAGAGUUCAAGAAGAAAGGGUUUUACGCUUUCAGAUUCGAGGACUAUAAUUGCACGGUGGAUUUCGUUGGCUCGCCCUUUUUUGUAAGGGAAUCAAGUUUCAAAGACGUGAAUGGGACUACAUUGGAGACUUUAAGGCUGGAUAUGAUGGACAAGACGACAUCCAUGUAUCGAGAUGCUGAUAUACUGAUUUUCAACACCGGUCAUUGGUGGACUCAUGACAAAACAAAGCUAGGAGAGAACUAUUACCAAGAAGGUAACGUUGUGUACCCGAGGCUCAAGGUUCUCGAAGCUUAUAAACGAGCUCUCAUUACUUGGGCGAAAUGGGUCGAUAAGAACAUCGACCGCAGUCAAACCCAUGUAGUAUUUAGAGGUUAUUCCGUUACACAUUUCAGAGGAGGGCCAUGGAACUCAGGUGGGCAAUGCCACAAAGAAACAGAACCGAUUUUCAACACGAGGUACUUGGCAAAGUAUCCUUCGAAGAUGAAAGCUCUCGAGUAUAUUCUCCGUGAUACAAUGAAAACUCCGGUGAUAUAUAUGAACAUAAGUCGACUAACAGAUUUCAGAAAAGAUGGUCACCCGUCGAUAUAUAGAAUGGUGUACAGGACCGAAAAGGAGAAAAGAGAGGCCGUGAGUCACCAAGAUUGUAGCCAUUGGUGCUUACCGGGUGUUCCAGACACAUGGAACCAGCUCUUGUAUGUGUCACUGUUAAAGGCCGGGCUUGCAUCUAAGUGGUAGGCUAAGUCCUUUGGUUUGUAUUUGUAUUUUUUGCGGUUGUAAAGUAUAUAUGAAGCAAAUCUCCUUUAUAGAAAAGAAAGGAGGGUUUCAUGUUUCGAUGAUCUUUUUGUUCUUUCUUUUUGCUGGUUAUUACGAACUAUAGGCAUUGUAUUAGAGAUGGACUUUGUUGCUAUAAAAGAAGAAAUCUAUC